AUUGAUAGCAGCAACGUUAUCUCAUGGAUUCCCUGGGGCCUGGGAACCACACUGCAGUGACAGACUUCAUUUUACUGGGCUUAACUGAUGACCCAGUCCUUCGAGUCAUCCUCUUUGUGAUCAUCCUGUGUGUCUACUUGGUGACUGUAUCUGGCAAUCUCAGCACAAUCAUUCUUAUCAGAAUCUCUUCUCAGCUCCAUCAUCCUAUGUAUUUUUUUCUGAGCCACUUGGCUUUUGCUGACAUAGGCCUUUCAACUUCUGUCACACCCAAUAUGCUUGAAGACUUCCUGGUGCAGGGAAAUCCAAUCUCCUAUCAUGGAUGUGGCAUGCAGCUUGGUUCAAUUGCUGUCUUUGGGGCAGUUGAGUGCUUCCUUCUAGCUAUGAUGGCAUAUGAUCGCUUUGUGGCAAUCCGCAACCCACUGCUUUAUUCAACCAAAAUGUCCACACAAGUCUGUGUUCAGUUCCUCAUAGUGGCUUACAUGGGUGGUUUUCUCAAUUCUUGCUCUUUUACUAUUUCCUUCUAUGUUUUACUGUUCUGUGGACCAAAUCAUGUCAAUCAUUUUUUCUGUGAUUUUGCUCCUCUAGUGGAAGUCUCCUGUUCUGAUAGCAGUAUCCCUGCAGUUGUCCCCUCAUUUGUUGCUGGCUCCAUCGUUGUAGUCACAGUGUUUGUCAUACUUGUCUCUUACAUCUAUAUCCUCAUCACCAUCCUGAAGAUGAACUCCAAGGAGGGGCGCCACAAGGCCUUCUCCACCUGCACUGCCCACCUCACAGCGGUCACUCUGUAUUUUGGGACUGUCACAUUUGUUUAUGUGAUGCCCAAGUCCACCUUCUCAAGUGACCAGAACAAGGUGGCAUCUGUGUUCUACAAUGUGAUCAUCCCUAUGCUGAACCCCAUCAUCUAUAGUCUCAGGAACAGUGACAUUAAGGGGGCUCUGAAGAGAGAGCUUGGCAGAAUAUUUUCGUAGUGAAGUUUGAUAUUUUUUAUGAUUUGAUAUAAUAAUAUGCCAUAAAUAAAACAGUACAGGACAUUGAGUUGUCUGUGGUCUAAAUGUAUUGGUCCAUAUGUCAUUAUGUGUGUGGAGCUUUUCAGUGAAGGUAGGGGGUGGAUUUUCUGAUGUCAAUGGUAACCUCAAGGCACAUAGUGAGUUGUUGUUAAUAACAUUCAUUUUUAAUCAGAAACAAAAACAUGAAAAAAUACUUAAUAUGCUGAAAAUACUCUUAAAAUAUUUAGUUUUUCAAAAGCUGUUCUCUGUCAUAAGUUAAGGUUAUUAUACCUCCAAGCAUUUAAGGUUGUGUCUACUUAUAAUAGCAGCUUAUUCUGAAAUGAGAGGGAUGCUUACAGUUGUGAUUGUGUAUUGAUGUGGACUGUGGCCAGCAGUGACUAUGGUGUUGUGGAUGCA